UGUCCGUCCGCCCGCCCGCCUGCCUGCCGCUGUCUUCGUGUCGCUUUGACAGACUCGCUCGCUCGCUCGCUCGCUGAGCUGCUGAAAUGGCUCGCCAGCUUUCGAGGUUGUGUCCGCUGCUUCUGAGACGAGUGGUGCAGGUAGCGCCGGUCACGCAUAUCCGUAGCUUCCACGGCACUUUGGAUUUCAGAUCGCUUACCAGGUACGAUGAAUCCGUGGUCACCACUGAUUGGCAGAAGAAACUUACACCGGAGCAGUACUAUGUGACACGGGAGAAGGGCACAGAACUGCCCUUCAGUGGUGUCUACUUGAACCAUACGGAAGUGGGGAUGUACCACUGUGUUUGCUGCGACGCACCUCUCUUCAGAUCAGACGCAAAAUACAAUUCUGGCACUGGCUGGCCCUCGUUUUAUGAAGCGGAUGGAUCCUGCAACGGAGAUGAAAGCAACGCAAACAUCGUGCGGAGACCCGACAACUCUUUGGGCUCCACCGGAACAGAAGUGAUCUGCCGGCAGUGUGAUGCCCACUUAGGCCACGUCUUCGAGGACGGACCCCAGCCCACAGGACUUCGUUUUUGCAUCAACAGUGUUGCUCUGACAUUCAAGGCUGUUUCAAAGUGACUGGCAUGAUGGCGGGCGGUGUGACCACCGGGUGGACGUUGUUUGGGACUCGGGCUGGCGCCACAAGUUUCUUUUUUUUUCCUUUCUCCCUCUUACGGUGUUUUAAAAUUUACAGUAAAUUUGCCACCCUUUAAGUUGCUCUGCUUUAA